GGUGAAGGGGAGACGCCGCGGCCAAACCAUUCGUCCCUCAAGUUAUUUCUUAUUUCCUUUCCGUGCCCUUUCUUUCUUUUCGUUCUUCCGAUCUCCCACCUCCUCUCUCUCUCUCUCUCUUCCCCUUUAUAAACCCGCCUCACAAAAAAAUGAAGCUAGAUUUUUAGGUGCUGCCUGUGAUCGAGAUCGUUAGUUUGAGUAAAAAGAGUGAUGUGAUCCGUGUCCCCUCCUCCUCCUCCUCUUGCUAACGCUGAACCUUCGAGUUCUCCGUUCGCCGGAACCCGGGGUGAUCGCGGCGUCGUACCUCCGCCGGUGUCCGGCACCAUGAACCCCGGGGAGACCACGCCCCCGUCGCCGCUCGACAAGCCCCUCGCCGAGCUCACCGAGGAGGACAUCGCCCAGCUCACCCGCGAGGACUGCCGCCGCUUCCUCAAAGCGAAAGGCAUGCGACGGCCGUCGUGGAACAAGUCGCAGGCGAUCCAGCAGGUCAUCUCUCUCAAGGCCCUUCUCGAGGGGCGGCCCGGCUGUGACGACUGCCCUGCUGGCGGCGGAAUCCUCCAAAAGCUGCUCACUUCUUCUCCUUCGGAGCCGCUAUCGCCACCGCAGGACUCACCUCCUCCCGCGCCGAAGGAGGGCGGCAGCGGAUCACAGCCGCUGGCGAAGGAGCCGUCGCCGUAUCGAAGGAGGGACCCGAUCCCACCGCCCUAUUCAGCCGGAAAUCCGACGUGCCAGACCCCAAUUGCCGGAGCUGACCUUCCCCACCCGCCGGAGAAGCGCUGCCCCUCCCCCAGGUUGACGGCGGAAGUACCGGUCGGCCAGAUGACGAUCUUCUACGACGGGAUGGUCAACGUAUACGACGGCGUCUCGGCCGAUCAGGCCAGGUCGAUCAUGGAACUUGCGGCCAGCCCGGUCUGCUUCGACGAUCCGACCGGUGCAUUCUCUCCGGCCCGGCCGCCGGCCUUCCGCUUCCCUCCGGGUCUCCCCCGACCGGCCCCGGUCCCCACCGCUCCCUCGUUCGUGGGGACCUUCCCGAUCUCGCCGGCUGGCACGAUGAUCCACCGUGUCGCGGACGGCUCGGAUGACCGCAGAGUCCCGCGGGAAACGGAGCCCGUGGUGGGAAUUGAUGGAUCCGCCUAUGACCUAACAUCAAUUUUUGGACGACGAAACUUAUGGCGAUGCUACUCUAGCAGACUCUGCCCUUUGAAUUUGGGGACUCUGAUUGAGCAUGUUGGUAAAAGCACAAUGAUAAUGUUUAUAACCCAGUUGAUAUGUUCUCCGGCACUAGAUUUUGACAUAUUCGACGAGAUUGUGUCGUUUUGUUUUGUUUCUUAUUUGUAUUUGUAUAUAUAUGCAAUGGCAACCAUCGCCUCGGCAAUUAAUAAGAUUUUGAGAUGCCAACAUUAUCCAGACUCAGUGCAUCAAGGUUACAAGUCUAAGAAUGUAAAAUCUGCCUGCCAGCUUAUCAUAGCAGUGUAUGCUAUCAGAGGGCAUCAAGGUCUGGUGAAUGCAGUUUCGUAGUGAUCAUCUUAUUGGCCUCGACUGUACUGUGAACUCGUGUACUUGAAGCCUAGUACGAAGAUCUGAUGUGCUGCUGUGACUGAUUAUUCUACCUAUUGCUUCACAUUUCUGGUUGAGGCAAUUGCUGUACGAAGCCCUUCCCAUGUUCACCAGUUUUUGGCUUUCCUUUUGGGGUUAUAUUCUCCUCGAUGUUGGAUUAUUUCAUCCAUGCAAAUAUUGGCCACUCUUUGGUUUCAAUUUAACGAAGGUUAUACACAGCAUGUUGCUGACAUAAGGUUUGAAAGGUUGUAUCCUUUUUCUUUCGAUGGGUGUGUUUUGCAAGCCAUCUGUUCAUAUCACACAUCAUGAAGAAACGAUCUUAUCAUGGCAACAGAAGUUGAUGCAGUGCUUGAUGGUGUUGUCGUCAUCCUUAAAGCAGGCUGCAACAACGACAAGGACUGACUAACCAGGUGAUACCAUUUAUGCUGCUACGAUCGUUGCCUUUCUUCAUUGUUGAUGGUUCUGAAUGCCACUCGGGGUCUUAUCAUCAGGUCAGGCUCUAUUAUUAUCUCAUGAUGGCGUAAAUAGGAAAACCCAAGGCUGAGAGGUAAGUUUUAAGCCUCCUGACUAUACUUGUUAGAUUACCAGGCGUUGCUUUGUCACAAGAAAAAUCUGCUAGCGAGCGUCUCCUACCUUCGCUCCUUUCCUUUGCCACAGUGUGUGCAACAUUUCUCGUUUCUCCAUCCACAAAGACAGUAGUAUCAAUAAUAUUAUUGAUGAAGGUACAGUUUGAUCGUGA